AUGGAAAUUCACGAAUUACAUUCAUUUCCAUUCGAUGAACGAAAUUGUUCCCUAAUCUUUCAUAACGAAGAUUCACGAGCUCAAUGGACAGGAAUAACAUCAAUUACAGUAUCAAAAGUUGGUUGGGGUAUUUGGGUGGUACUUGGCUGUGAGCGAAUUGGUAAAACUAUUAUUUUAAGCUUAAGGAGGUCGACUAUGAUGUGGAUUUGGACAUUAUAUGCGCCAACAAGCAUUCUCUUUGUUUUUUCUUGGCUAUCGCUCUGGGCUACAAAUAAUUCAGCCAAAAAUCGUUUCGUUAUUAGUACUACGAGCUUCUUCACUGUACUUAUCAUUGUUAUUAGUAACAAUUGGGGUGUCACACGAACAUCGUAUUUGAAAGCGAUUGAUAUUUGGAACUUGCAAAUUGUUGCAUUUGUUUUUCUCAUCGUUUUACAAUCCGUUUUACUUACUAAGAAAGUGAUGGAAAAACGAAAAACACCGAAACGAAUAUAUAAUUUUGGGGAUGAAUGUAACGAGAAAACACAAUGGUUCAACGAAAUGCCUUAUUAUGCCCAUCUACCGGAACGCCGACCGGCAGCUUUAAUAAAAAUUGUAGAUUAUAUUUUCCGAAUUAUACUGCCAAUUGCAUUCCUAAGCGCUUGCAUUCUUUAUUUUAUACAUUACACAUAUUUCAAUAGAAGUUGA